AUGUCUUUUGACGGAGAUCACAAGCAAUGGAUUUGUGGAAAGAGUGGUACAGUGAAUUUACAAAGAGUUGGUUCUAUUGUUCAACAUAUUGGGGAGCCUUGUCUUCAUCAGUCACCAAUAAAGGUUGUUGUUACUAUAAACAAAAUGCUUAAACCAGAGAAGUGGCAAACAACAUUUGAUAGUGAUGGAAAGGUUUUUGGUUUUCAGAAAGCACUGAAAUUGAUUAUUUUGGGGGGGGUAGAUCCGUCAAUAAGACCUGAAGUGUGGGAAUUUCUUCUAGGCUGUUAUUCUUUGAGCAGUACAGCAGAUUACAGAAGAAGGCUAAGGGCUGCAAGGAGGGAACGCUAUAAAGACCUCAUUAAUCAAUGCCAGUUAAUGCAUUCCAGUAUAGGCACAGGUUCCCUAGCCUAUGUUGUGGGGACAAAAGUCAUGGACAUGAGAACAAAAACAGAAGAUGAUGAAAGACGAAAAUCUGAAGUAAAACAAGAACAAUCUUCCACCAUUGAUUCUAAUCUACUAGAAUCUUCCUGCAAUUGCUCUGAUAUUUGUGUAGAAACUUCUACUACUCCAUAUAAUAGAAGUGAAGGGGAUGAUGAAUCACAAUACAGAACUUCAAAUUAUUACGAUUUCCCCCCUUUACCUGUAACAAAUUUAUUUGAAAAAAGCGAUGUAGUAGUAGAUAAUAAGAAUGAAGUUAAGUCAAAGUCAAACGAUGAAAGAGUUUCCACAAGGCGUAAGCUAAGAUUUGAAGAAGAUGAUGAUGGUGAUGAUGAUGAUGAUGAUGAUGAUGAUCAUGUAAUUGAAGUCACGGGGUCUGAAUCAAGAUCUGGCAAUGUGGAAUAUGAAAUGGAAGAAAGAAAGACGGAUGUGUCUGAAAUUAGGGUUUUGAAAAACACAGUGGCAUCACAUGGAAGAACAAGGAGUCAAGAUAGAGUGUCUGAGUGGCUUUGGACUCUACAUCAAAUUGUUGUUGAUGUUGUGAGAACAGAUUGUCAUCUGGAAUUUUAUGAAGAUACAAAAAAUUUAGCACGUAUGUCAGAUAUUCUUGCUGUUUAUGCCUGGGUUGAUCCUGCAACAGGAUAUUGUCAAGGUAUGAGUGAUUUGUUAUCGCCUUUUAUUGUGCUCUUUGAGGAUAAUGCUGAUGCUUUUUGGUGCUUCGAGAUGCUUUUAAGAAGAAUGCGUGAAAAUUUUCAGAUGGAAGGAACGACAGGUGUCAUGAAACAAUUGGAGGCACUUUCACAUAUUUUAGAACAUGUAGACAGGGAAAUGUUCACUCACCUUUCACAAAUAGGAGCUGAAAGCCUCCAUUUUGCCUUCCGGAUGCUUCUAGUACUUUUCCGACGUGAGUUAUCUUUCAGUGAGGCACUUUGCAUGUGGGAGAUGAUGUGGGCUGCUGAUUUUGAUGAAUCCUUGGCUUUCAAUCUGGAGAACAGUUGUCCUGAACUUCUAGUCCUACAAAUCCCAAAGGAAUCAACUACAGCCACAGCCACACAAGAGGAAAUUAUUGAGAAUGAAAACAGUGGAUCAAAAAAUGGUGGAUCAGAAUCAAAAUGUGGGAAUUUAGAGCGCUCAAACUCCGAAAAUAAUGGAAUAAAAUCCACUUUAAAUCAUCCCUUUUGUGGAUUGACAAAAAGCUUGUGGUCAAAAAAUGAUCGUUUUCAAAUAUGCACGAUAAUAUCAUCAACAAGGAAUGGCGAUGAUGAAUUGCCCAUUUUCUGUGUAGCUGCAAUUCUUAUUCUCAAUCGCCAUAAAAUCAUGAGAGAAACACGUUCGAUUGAUGAUUUGAUAAAGAUAUUCAAUGACAAUAUGCUGAAGAUUAGGGUUAAGAGAUGCAUACGUACAGCCAUUAAACUCCGAAAGAAAUACUUCUACAAGCUAAUCAAGAAUAGAAGCCCAGCUGCUACCUAUGAUGACUAGUUUGUGAUGCUUCAGAUUUGUGAUCAAAGAUUUUACCUUUUUGUUUUAUAUUGGAAGAGUUCAUAGCAAUGUGCUUAUGCCAUUUCAACAUUCAUCAAGUAUGUUCAAAAAUCGCUCGAUUUUUAGUAAAGGAUUAUGAAUUGGAGCCCUAAAUGAUUGUCAUAGGAAGAGGCUGUUCAUGGGUACAUCUUGCAAGGUCAGAAGAACACAAUCUCUUUAUUUGUGUAUUGUGUUUACACAUCUAUUUUUUUUUUUUAAAUAUUUUGAGGCGAUUAUAGAAGGUUUCACGUUUAGCUUCCAUACAACAUGUAAACUUAGAAUCAAAGAGCUCGUUGCAAUUCUUGCUUUUCAAGAGGA